AUGCAAAAUUCACCUAAAUUUACCUUUGCAGGAAAUCUGUGCAAAAUACUUGGAUGUUUCUUGAAAAAUAUUGAAAAAUUAAAACAGUAUUCUGGAAGGAAUUUCAAGCACAAUACGGAAGAGCUGGCUCAGAAAAUCCACAGGCUACUUAAUCACACUGUCUUUGAUGGAAAGUUUCAGCCAGAGAAAACAGCAAUCACUUGGAAUAGAAAGAUGUCGCGGACUGCUGGUUUGACUACCGAUGAGAUACAAGAACCCAAGAUUGCUAAGAUUGCGAUUUCUCUGCAAGUCCGCAACUCGGCAGAUCGAAUCCAGGACACCUUGAUCCAUGAACUAUGCCAUGCAGCCUGGCUGCUUGAUAGAAUCAGGGCACAUGGUAAUUCAUGGCAAUAUUAUGCUCAAAAAUGCAAUUCAGUACACCCAGAGCUGCCUAAUGUCACCCGUUGCCAUAACUAUACAAUUAGCUACAAGAUCUGCUAUGAAUGUAUUCUGUGUAAAACCAGGAUUGGCUGCUAUACCAGAUCCUUGAACACUGAAGCUUGCUUCAUCUGUGCCGGACGCAAAGGGCCUCUGGUCUUGCUGCUAUUCUUUUGGAAGGAUGGAACCCCCAUUGUGCCCCAUGUGAGACCAUUUGCCAACUAUGUGCAGGAGAAUUAUAGAGCAGUGUUUAAUGGGACAGCAGGAAUCAGCCAUGGGGCUGUGAUGCAGAUUCAGCAAGGAUUAUUUGCCAGUAAACAAAAGGAAAAUCCUUAAGGUGUUCCUGGAGUAUAUUUAUGUGAGCCAAAUGCUUGACUGACACGAAGUUCUAGAAAACUCUAUUUCUGUAAGGCUUUAAAUAUUGGAGUUUAAAAGUGUUUUCUGACUUGUUAUUAAUGGUGCUUGUUCUUAACAAAGAAUUCUUUUGCUAACCAUACAACCCUUGACACUACUUGAAGCUUUUGGAUCCACCUUGGAUCUUAACUUUGACUAUGUGUGUGUGUGUGUGUGUGUGUGUGUGUAUAUAUAUAUAUUGGUUUUUUGGUUUUUUGAG